AUGUCCAAGAUCUCAAGCGCUGUUUUGCACCAAAGCAUCAAUGAGAUUUUGACCUCAAAGAAGGAGCGUAAGUUUAUUGAGACCGUCGAGCUCCAAUUGACCCUUAAGAACUACGACCCAGACAAAGAUAAGCGUUUCGCCGGAACUGUCAAGUUGCCAAACCCAACCAAACAGAACUUCAAGGUCUGUGUUCUUGGAGACGCUGCUGCAUGUGAGAACGCUAAAGCGUUGAAUGUCCCAUACAUGGAUGUCGAUGGAUUGAAGGCUCUCAACAAGGACAAGAAAUUAGUCAAGAAGUUGGCUAGAAAGUACAACGCCUUCCUUGCUUCUGAUACCGUCUUGAAGCAAUUGCAAAAGAUUUUGGGGCCAGGUUUGAACAGAGCUGGUAAGUUCCCAACCCUCCUUGGAAAGAACGAAGAUAUUAAGGCUAAGAUUUUGGAGCUUCAAUGCCAAGUCAAAUUCCAAUUGAAGAAAGUCUUGUGCAUGGGUGUUGCCGUCGGAAACGUCACUUUGACUGAAGAUCAGCUCUGCGCUAACAUCGAAAGAUCUAUUUCCUUCUUGGUUUCUCUCUUGAAGAAGGGAUGGCAAAACAUCAAGUCUGUCUAUGUUAAGACUUCCAUGGGUCAUGCCGUUAAAAUCUUCUAA